AUGGAGACUGCUGCUGCACACAAGGCUGCUGUUGUUUACUACUUGUCUCGAAAUGGCCAGCUCGAACAUCCUCAUUUCAUCGAGGUCCCUCUUUUGUCUCCUCAAGGACUCUAUUUAAGAGAUGUUAUAGACAGGCUGAAUUCUCUAAGAGGGCGAGGCAUGGCCACCGGGUAUUCUUGGUCUUCAAAGAGGAGCUACAAAAAGGGGUACGUCUGGCAAGACUUGUCAGAGGAUGACUUCAUACACCCAUCUCAUGGCCAUGAAUACAUCCUCAAAGGAUCACAAGUUGAAACUUGUCUUAGCUUUCAAUCCUAUGAAACAGUAUCUUCUUCUUCAAACUCGAAGAUCAACUUCAAUUCAGAUACAAAGAGCUCCAAUGAGGACAAGAAUCCCAUAGCCAUUACUCGAUCUGCUGACCUCAAUGAAUACAAAGUCUAUAAAACAACAGCAGAACUUGCCAGGAAAAGCACCAAUGUUUCGACACAGACAGAGGAAAAACCCAGAAGAGUGAAAGCAAGUAGUGAUCAUAACGAAGAAGAAGAAGGGUGUGGGAAUGUUGUGGAGCUGAGUAGGGAAGAGGUUUCUCCACCAGCUUCAAAUUCUAGUGCAGGGACUGGUGAUGGGUCAGCAGAUAUCAGAGAUCAGACGGCCGUGAAUGAUCGACCCAGCGGAAGGAUGAAGGCAUCUGAGGUUCUGAUGCAGCUGGUUGCUUGCGGAUCAAGAAAGAUUAUGGAUGGUGAAUCAGUGAUCAGCAAAGAUUGA